ACUGAAACUGUUGCUUGAUAGGCGGAGCCCAACGAUGCUCUUGAAGAGGUUUAACUUAAUCUUCCGGGAAACCUUUGCACGCUGUAAAUGGCUUAAAGCAUCCCUUUAACUAUUAAGUGUACACGUUUAAUCUUUCAUUCGCGUUUUGGGUAUUGGAGCGAUGCAUUUUGAUGGUAUUCUUGUGCUUGGGAUCCUGACCCAUCUAUCACUGGCUUUCCCGGUUGUACUGGACACUGCAGGGAUUCAGGUGCAGCAGUGGGUGGUGUCGGGGGUACGGCCUGUCUCGGUGCGGGUCCUCGUCAAUGGAGUCCCAUAUACCGGCGCUACCCCAGAAGUCAACAAAAUCUUUCAGGUCAUGUCGGCUGAUUCGAUCUCUCUGAGCCUCCUCGCCAACCAGACUGCGGUGUUGGGGAACCACACGGUCCUUCGUUCCCGCGACUGCAUAUUGCAAGGCCCGGAGCUGUAUUGGAGGGACCGGGUUUUCUGCAAUGAGUCGCUCUACCUGUCCCUGGACCAUGGCGGAGCCUGGAUAGCUCACACGCGGCAAGCGACAGCCCUCAAAGCAGCAUGGGUGCAGGCCUUGGAGAGCUCGGCGAAGGAAGGGAUCUUCCUUCAGGAAACAUGUGUAGAUCUGAUGGAAAAACUGAAGCUUUCUGAGAAGCGGUCAGGGAUUGCGAUGCCUAACUUUCUGAUCCCAAUCUUGAGUCUACUGGCAUUUACUGGGCUCAUGGCACUCAGCCUCUUCAUUUCCAAACAACAGGGUCUGCGACACCCCGGGGGUGUUCUUGGUUCGAUCAUACACUACCCCAAGGACAUGGCAGAUUUCCAUCCAGAGAAAAAGGGCAACGCUUGUCAAACUUUAUGAUUCAAAGUUAAACUAUGAAAGUACUGUACUGUAAGAGCCCGAGUGCUUGUUUGUUUGACAUUUGCAUGUGCAAAUAUUAAUGAAGUGGAUUAGCCAAACAAUCAAUGACUCGAGGAUGAUAAUUGAGCAGAAACACAGUCGGGUGGGCCCCUACUCAUUUUCUGAAUUUGACACACCACAGUGAAGCCAAAUUUUGAGCGAUGAAGAAAAAAAAAAUCGUGUAUAUGAGGCUUUGCAAUCAUGACAAAUCCAGCUGUUCUCUCUGCUCUCCAACACUGUGUGCGUGUCCACUGAAACCACACCCCGCUCAACUGCCAGCACUCAAAUACCACCAGAACAUGCUACUUUGUAAUACCACCAAAACAUGCUACUUUGUGAAGCAUCUUUCUUAUGUCUACACAUAACUUACAUGUUUGAGUCAUGAAAAUAUGUCUGUUUAAAUCAUACGGUGACUGGAACCAGUUCCACCAAGUUGUCGCAGUUUUUCUGUGCUGUGACAAUGAGGCGCUCUAAAGCAGCCAGGUCAAC